AUGCCUCAAUUUAGCAAGUUCAAUAUUCGCUCCAAGGACUACGAGGCGCUGCCUACGGCAGACUCAGAGAAGGACCAGCAUGGAAGCCGAUCUAGCGAAGAGUCCGACGUCCCAUUGAUGGAAAGAGAGUUGAAUGGAGCUAAGAAGAUAUCUCGAGUUCAACGAGCUUUCACGACAUUCAAAGAGGCAAUGAAGAGCCCGAUGUUCAUGAUCAGCUUCUUGCUUUUUCAAAUUGGUGUCAGCAGUCUGUUUCUUGCUUGGCAGCACUCUCACCGCUUCAACGCGAGACUGAAAGAUAUCUCGAUGCAUUCCCCGGUGCUGGAUAAAAUCGAAAUUCCCUUGGUAUUGCGUAAAAGCUACGCACAGUACGGGAUGGGCGGCCCGGAGAUCUGGCGCGCAGAACCUAGCGAAGAGGUUGACAAGGCAUGGGAACGUGUAACAGCAGAAUAUCUGUUCCCAGUCAAGGAGGCAGAUAUCAUUGCUAUGCGGAAGGACCCCUCUGUCGUUGUGCCGAUGCCCGAAAAGUACCACGUCGAUGGCGAGACAACGUAUAUGGCAAAGUCGGCGAUGUAUCACAACAUACAUUGCCUUGACUAUAUCAGAAAGGAUCCUGGUGUUUACUUGUUCCGUUGGAUGGAAGAGUUCAACCGCCCGAUUGCAGACACUAAUAUUUGGCGGAAGUGUUGGGACUUCGAGAGUGUGCUCCAAGAGCACAAUGAACUUGCUGUCAAGGAUAUGAUGGAGACCGAUGUGAGGAAGCCAAAGGGGGUAAAAACGGUACCGGCUCCGGAAGGCGUGAUGAAAAUUAUUCGGAACUACCAGAAGACUCACCCUGAUUAUAACCCCGGACAAUAG